UUUGUUACAAAUUAAUACAAAUGAAGGAAGUCAUUAAAAGUGUUAGUCAAAAUUCGAUAUUGUGACGAAACAUAACGUCGAGUCCACGUGACCCAGCAACCAAUCAUCGUCAGAAUGAAGGUAGUGGGAGUUGUUACUUUUGUCAGUUUGGUUGAGUGUAUUUAAGCAUUUAGGGCGAAAUCGUAUUUACGAAGUUGUGCAUCAUGGCUACCGUACUACUCUAUAUGAAAAUUGCGGCUAUUAUUUUAGGAAUUUCUGCUGGAAUAAAUGGAUAUCCAGAUGCGAGUUUGGGAUGUCAUCCACGUUCUUAUACUUACAUGGCUAAGCGAACCGACGAAUUUGGAAGGAAAUGUUGGGAUGAUAUUACUACAAUCGCUUGUUGGGGGAGAUGUGAUACAGCAGAGAUUGCUCAUUGGAAAUUCCCUUACAAAAUUUCAUUCCACCGCGUGUGUAUCCACGAUAAAGUAAAAUUAAAGCAAACAACUCUCCAAUUCUGUGAUCCAGGAGUAGAUCCAUCUCUACGAAUAUACCGAUAUCUUGAAGCCAAAUCGUGUUCUUGUAAAGUUUGUAGAAGUGAAACUACCAGUUGCGAACCUUACAGGACAAUGUUUCCUUCGGAAUAGUUAUAUUAACCUAAUAUAAUUAGUCUGUAACUAUCAUAUUUAUUUGUAAUGAAAUUAUACCUGUCUGUAUAAGCAAAAAUUGAUGUAAGCACAUGCUUCAUAUGAAUCUUGGAUAAUGUUUUAGCUGUAGAUAAUAAAGUUGCUUCUAUAUGACUAGUAACAGAAAUAUAUCAUUGUGAAAUCAACAAUGAGAUGUUCCUGUUGCUAUUGGAUUAAUAGCUUUUCUUUCAAACUUGUGCUGAUGUUUCCUUAUUUUUCGAAUCAUCAAUCACUCUUAGGGAAAUUCACUAAGGAUAUAGGACUUUUUUUGUUUAUUUGUUUCUU